UCUGAGUUCAACCCCCCACAACCAUGUAACGAUUCUCCUGAAGCCUCGACAUCGUAUCAAGCAGAUGCGGAUGAAAAUCCGAUAUUUUAUCAAUCUUAUGUGGAUGAAGGUUUAGCUGAGAGAUUUCAAGGUGUUUUAAAAGCUGUCGAUAAGCCUCUGUAUGUUGAUUGUGAGGCAUACUCUCAGCUAUCCGCCGUUACAGAGUUUAUUAACAUAAAAGCUGAAUACAAUCUCCCUGAAACUUGCAUGUCCAGAGUUUUGCAGUCAGUAGGAGGAAUGCUACUGUGUGAUCAUAGUCUCCCGGAUUCAUAAUAUAUUACGAGAUGAAGCAAUUAAUAUCUAAAUUGGGGCUUCCUUGUAUCAUAACCGAUGGUAUAGAUAAUAUAUUUUAUGAAGUACCAUGUUGUGUAACUUAUUUCGAGGUGUAAAAUAUUUUCAGCCAAAACUUUAUAAAUAUCAGCAGAAACAGCCGAUUCAGC